AUGGCCUCCGGUUUGACGAAUUUCACCCCCGACGGUUACCCUCGCCGGCUCACCCAGGCCAGCCAACAGGACUGGGGGGGAAACAAUGGUUAUUCAACCUACCAUCGGCCUCCACCCCGCGGGGUACAGGCCAGCCAUGCGGUACGAAACGCCGCAUUGAGUCAGGGACGCAACACGCCAGAUGCAGGUGUCGUUCGUGGACCGCCAUCUCCUUUCAGUCUCUCAUCGAGAUCCUCCCGGUCUCCACUGAUGGCAUCCCCUUGGGCUCCAGCAAACCUGGCUCCUCCGCCUUUGUCCCCCGGCAAUUCACCGGCAUCGUCCUUUCUCGUGGAAAUACGCGAUGCGGCGAGUAAUUCCUCAAUAGACAGGAGGCCGCUCGCCGUUAACAACAUGCCGCAUAAUAGAAUGUCCUUCAACUCCUAUGAUAGGAUUGAUGGCCCGGUGGCUCAGCGUCCCUAUCACCCCGUCGAGGCCGAGGGUGACGGGUCCAAUGUCAUCCGGUGCGGAUGGCGUGACUGCUCUUACUCUGGGGUAUUUUCCCGCAAGGCAAGUCUCUGGAGACAUAUCCAGGACAGGCAUAUCGCGCAGAAUGAAUUCCAAUGUCUGAUAUGUCCCAUGGCUUUUGGGCGUCGGGACAAACUCACUGCCCAUGUGCGAAACGCCCAUAGCGGCAUUUGA